CAGCGUACUCACGCUCAAUCAAGAUGGACGCAUCCAUGGUUUUGUACGUUUGUGUGUAAUUUGUAUUACAACCAAUGUCAGUUACCGGUAAUUAACAAAAUAUAUCGCUAAACUGCUUCCACUCGGUUAAGUGUCGGCGGUAACGUGACGAGAUCGACAUGUAUUCGAAAGCUUAUAAACAAUUAUUUUGCGGCUGUACCAAGCGGAUAAGCGGUACACCGUUUCGAAUGCUUCACCAACGAUACCAUGAAGCUUUUCGCAAUAAGCAUCGUUCCUUGCGUUAUUAUUGGGGCGGUCUCGGUAUAAUGGUCGUCGGCUUAAGUUACGCAGCAGUACCUUUAUACAGAAUUUUUUGUCAGUCGUAUAGUUACGGAGGAACGGUGUCGGUUGGUCACGAUGUCGGCAGAGUGAGCACGAUGGAGCCCAUCAAGAACAGAGUGAUUAGAGUGUCGUUUAACGCGGACACCUCAGCGCAGAUGCAAUGGAACUUCAGACCGCAGCAACAGUUUAUAAACGUCCGUCCCGGAGAAACGGCUUUAGCAUUCUACACAGCAAAAAAUCCAUUGGAUACACCUGUGACCGGUGUAUCAACUUAUAACGUAGUGCCAUACGAAGCUGGACAGUAUUUUAAUAAAAUUCAGUGCUUCUGUUUCGAAGAGCAACAGCUGGAUCCUCAUGAACAAGUAGACAUGCCUGUGUUCUUCUAUAUUGACCCACAAUUCGCAGAAGACCCGAAAAUGGUGAAUGUCAAGGAAAUUACGCUAUCCUAUACUUUCUUCGAGGCAAAAUCAGGAAUAAAAAUACCUCUACCAAGUUAUUUCAAAAGCAAAAGUAACGAAAAGUAAUUGUAAUGACAAAAAGUGUGGUAAACUUGGAGCUAUAAUAGAAUGUUAUUGUUGAACAAACUGCCCGAUGUUUUUUUUUUCA